AUGAGUAAGGCCAACUGCGGAGCGGGGUUCUUAUUGGUUAUGGGAGAGCUGGAACCCGUCCUUCCGCCAGCCUCCCCUGAGCUUGGCAAAGUCUCACUUGAGCGGGUCAUCCGCCUCCUCUGGGGGCUCCAAUCCCAAGUCAACCGCAUUGAGCGGACCCUCUUGGAACAAGCUGAAGUUAGCCGAGAGGUUCAAACCAACGUCGAGAACAUCUUGCAAACCGUUGAUGUUGUCAAGGAUGGGCUUGCCCAGCUCCAACACGCCCAGGGUCCCCAUACCCCAGAAGAACAGAAACCCCCCGCAGUCGAGGAAACUCCCAGGGCCGCGCCCAAAGCCAAGCCUUUUGGCAAGGCUCAACCAUUCCUUGGGGCCCCAGCGCCCAUCAUCUCCACAGGGGCCCCCAGGCGCGACCCCCUCUCCUUAUUCAACCCAUACCCCUCCUCCUCCUUCCCUUCGGGACCGGCUCCAGCUUCCCAGGGACCUCCACCAGCGCCUGUCAUUACCCCGGCGCAGCCUCCAGCCCCCUCCACUGUAAAAGUGGACCACCCAGACGCCUUUAAAGGCAAAAUUGGCUUGGAGGCCAAACAAUGGCUAACCCGUAUGUUGGCCUGGGUUUGCCUCAACCAGAGGCAGUUCCCUUUGGACAUGGAGGUCCUGAGCUUCCUGUUGAUGAAUAUGACGGAAGCAGCUGGGGCCUGGGCCCAUCCCCACCUGGACCAACUAGGGUCCCAUUGCGCACUCAUCCAGACCGUGGAUGAAUUCAAAAACAAGUUCCUGGCCGCCUUUGGCGACCCUGACGCAACCAGAGCAGCAGAGCGGAAGAUUACUUCCCUCACACAAACCGGCACUUGUGCCAAAUACGUCACCAAGUUCCGCACGCUGCAAAUGGAACUUGACUGGAACAACGCCGCACUCCGCGGUCAGUUUGCGCAAGGACUUCACUGGGAGGUCCGGAAACAGAUUGCCACUAGGGAGAGGCAACCACGCACCCUGAGGGAAUUGCAAGACGCAUCCCUCAUCAUUGACAAUGCCCUCCGUGAGGAACGUGCCAGCCACCUGCAGCAGGGUAAUAAGUCUGGUAAAGCCUCCACUACCCCCAACCGGGGGGCAAGUACCGGCCAUCAGGCCACCAAAACCGGCCCCCUCUCUUCCGAUCCCAAUUACGUCUUGGAAGAAGAACGCAACCGCCGCCGCACAGAAGGACUUUGCGUAAAAUGCGGAAGGGCUGGGCACAAGUUUGCCAAGUGUAGAACCGGCUGGAAGGCUACCCCAAAGGAGGAUAAGGGGAAGGCCAAGGAAACCGCCAAAUUGGGCAAAGACUCCAAGUACCAAUCGGGAAAAGAGUAA